AUGAAGUGGCCUAUUUGUGGACCAAAAUUAUCCUUAUGUUGUUCGAUUAUAUCAGUGUGGGGUAUAAUACAAUUUAUAUUAUUGGGUAUAUUUUUUUUUAUCCAAGCAGCCCCACUCAUAGAUGAUUUCGAGUUUGACGAUAAAAACGCAACUGAUAUAAAAGUAUUUGAAGAAGGUCUUAAAACAGCUUUUCAUCAACGUGCAUAUAAUUGUUGGAUUGCAGCAUUUCUUUAUGUGGGUUUAUUAGUAUUUGCUGGUAUACAAUUUAAGACUCAUUUAAAACAAUCACCACCACCAAAUGUUCCUCCAUCUAUUACGUCACCAUUUAUCGGUAUUACAACAGACACAAUGGAUCGUAAUCAACAGUAUGGAGUACAAUUCACUAAUGAUCAUAGUGAAACAUAA